UUGUCUUUUUCUUUCUACAUUAUGUUAGUGGGUGGGGAAGUAUGUUCCCUCUGCUAUCAUACCAAGGCGGAUCAGGUAGUUGCGCCCAGACUCGAAGCUGGGUCGCAAAAGCAAUUCAGUCCGUUACGGGAGUGCAAAACGAGCAGGCCACAUAACACAUUCUGUGUUAAGACUGAUUUGGCCUGUCAUUUAGUCCUUAGGCUGGGUCUUCUGUCGCAUAAAGUCGUGAACUUGCACCCUCCAGGUUCUCUGAUGUGAGAAGAUGGAGACGGUUGGCCGUGGCCCUGUGAAAGCCUUUUUCCUCCGUAUGGUUGGUUUCUCCAAUGCCCUGGAUUGGAGGCCACUGCUUUUUUUAGAGCCGGUUGUUGCGGAGAGAGCUUGCAUACUCUGCGGCACGGCGGGCAGGGGGGCGGUCAGGCUGUCCUGUGAGCACACUGUCUGCUCAGACUGCCACGCAGAGUGCGUCAAACAAGGAGGCAUCUGUCCGCUGGAUCAGAAGCCCUUCUGUGAGGACGACCUAGUUCAUCUAAACUACUCCACCGGCUACCUUGGCAAGCGCAAGGUGGCCUGCUGGAACGCACACAGUGGCUGUAGGUUUGUCGGCCCUGUCUCGGGUCUCCUGGAGCACUUUCAGCAGUGCGCCUUCCACACUGUCUCCUGCCCCCAGUGUCACACCUCUGUGCUGCGAAGCGACAUCGUUAGGCACUGCAGGGAAGGCUGCAGCCUACAUCUAGUCACGGAUACAGCUGCCGUCAACUUCCUCGACCUUGAUCGCAGCAGCAUUGAACAGGUGCAAAAUGAGCUCGGAGAAGCUGUGGGAAAGAUAUCUGGAGACCUGAUCUCGCUGCAGAGGGGCCUGAACCUGUGCUGUGAAGGCAUUAAAGCGACACAUACGAGCUGCAGACGGCUUCUGGAAGAUAAAGCUUGUAAGCACGAUGACCUCACUGUAACCUGCACUGCUGGCUCCAUCGUAAAACUGACGCUACUUCGAAGAGUUUUGGCAGAUGUAAACAAUGGGGUAGAGACCUUAAUUGGGCAACUGCAGGCACAUGAUAUACAGCUGGUUCAGAAAUCUGCGGAAGAUGUGAAGAUUGCCAUGAUGACAGUCGGCAACAUCGGCAGAGAAUUCUUGACCGAGGCACUGCGUGCACCGAGAGGCCAGCCGAUUUUAGCCGCAGAGAGGGUGUCUCAAAGCCCCUUUUGUUUUUGUGAAUCCAAGAGUUAUCACUGGUAUGCCAGACAUUGGACAGUCAUGAAAACAACCGCUUUGGAAGGUUUGACCGCGUGCCUAGAAAGUCCCACAUGGAAUGCCUUCGGUUACAGUGUCAGUCUUUGCCUCGAGCUUGAGAACAAUUUCAACUUCAACUGUUACUUCAGACUCCAUCCUGGCAGCAGUGAUCCUGACCUUGAAUGGCCCUUUAAUAAGUCCUUUGUGCUUGGGAUCAUUCAUCCCCAGGACAGGUCAAUGGAUAUUUGCUACAAAUUCGACGCUGGUGUGGAUCGAGAAAACCCCUGCUUUCAAAGGCCGAGAGGAGAAAUAAAGAAGGCACUGGGGUGCGGAGUAGUCCCCCUGUGCUCUGCAACCGAACUUGAAGACGGAGGGUUUGUUUGCAGCAACAGGCUGCACAUGUUUCUGCAGGUCAUGCCAUAGCCUGUUCAUUGCACUGUGUCAUUCAGUUGAAGAUGGUCAAACCGCUUGGGAAUGAUAUUGUAAUACAAUUUUGUUUUUUACAGAGCGUUUUGGUAAAACGUUGGGGAAGAAAGCCCUCCCACGAGCAGCGGGAAUAUGUAGUUUUUUAACCUUGAAUUGCUGGUGUGUAUCUUUAGGGCAGUGAGCCUUGCCUAAACUUUGUUCAAUCACAAAUAAAAGGUUUCAACUUGAUGUACAAA